AUGGGUCGUACAAAGUUUCCCAUGAAUUCUUGUUUUGUUUUCCACAAUGCCUAUACAGUGGCAGUGAUUCUAAUUGUCGUCUGCUGUUGCAAACGUCGAGCGAAGAAGAAGGCGGCUUUGGAACAACAAAAUGAGGUGCUUGAAAGUGAUCAGUUUGGCAUAGAUAGCCAGUUGAAUGAUCCAUGGGAUUCUGGCGAGAAGGACUUCAUGGGUCCCAUCGACUAUACGAUCCUACAACCAAAUCAACAAAUGCGAAAUUCAACCUCAGAUGUGGCGGAUGGCCGAUUGAGAAAAAAUUAUAUACCGCGAGAACAUGGACAGAAAACCACUGAUCGUCCACCAUGGGAACAGCUUGAAGGACAAGAAAAUCCAGCGAUGAAUUUGGAUCAGGUGUUAGAAUAUGGUUACGAGGGUUACGAUGGUAAACCACCGCCUGACUUCUGUCCAGCUGAGCCACCCACUCUGAUCGGAGCCGAUGAUGAUUAUCCUAACAGUAAUGAUCUUAUCAAGAUGAACGGUGGGUUUGAACCACCCACGUUGUCACGGAUGUCCAAUAGUCGAUCCGAACACUUUAACUAA